UCAUCAAGCCGUGCUUGACCCGGACACCAAACCCUAGUCACCCGCACGCAUCUGAAUCGAAGCGGCGGCGGCGGCGGCGGCGGGGAUGGAGGACACGACGCCGCUCCGCCGGCUUCCCGAGGACGCCAUCGCCGACAUCCUCCUCCGCCUGCCGUCCAAGUACAUCCUCCGCUCCGGCGCCGUCUGCAGGGCCUGGCGCCGCAUCACCACCUCCCCGCACUUCCUCGCCGAGCGCGCGCGCCGCCACCAGCCGGUCUCGAUCCUCGCGCACGCGUACCUGCCCUCGGCACCAUGGGCUCGCGGCCUGCCCGGCGGCUUCGGCUCCGAGGAGGACACCGCGCUGGAAGCGCUCCCGGUCGCCUCCCCCGAGGACGACCGCCGGCGCCUCGUCCGCUACCCCGCGACCAUCCCCGCGCACUGCGGCCGCCUGCUCGCCUCGUGCGCCGGCGUGCUGCUCUUCAGGAAGGCCGCGGGGCUCUACCUCCUCUGCAACCCCGUCGCGCGGCGGUGGGCCGAGCUGCCGCGCCUGCCCGACGACUACUGCCGGGACCGCGACCCGGAGUACGGCUUCUACUUCCACCAGCCGUCCGGCGAGUUCCGGAUCCUCUGCUGCAGCCUCACGCGCCGCGUCUGGUACAUCGUCUCCACCGGCGCCGCCGGGCCCCGGCACCUGGAAGCGAACCCCGACCCGGAUCUCAUCAACGAAUUUGUACGCCCCCUGCUCACGACGGCGGCGAUACCCGUGCCUCUCCACGGCAACUUGCACUGGCCGCCGCUGUGGCUCUGCGCCGGCGGCGAAUCGAGGAUCAUGGCUUUCAACACCGUGUCGGAGACGUUCCUCCAAAUUGCCGGGCCCAAGUCGAGGGCGCCCAGGAUGGUGAAGCUGUUCGAGAUGGAGGGGCUGCUCGCGGUGGCCGACUUUGGGGAGGAGAAGCUCGUCGACUUGUGGUUCCUCGAGGACUACGUCGGCGAGAGGUGGGCGCACCGCUACCGGGCCCUCGCACCGUGGAAACAUGGCAGCCAAGGGAGGCCGCGUAAUCAUUGGGGUAUGCAGUCUGUGGCCGUGGCGGGCGACGAGGAAGGCAACGUCUUCCCGUUGAUCCAUUCUUGGAGCUAAGUAAUUACUGGGUGUUGUUAGUGCAGUGCUAUCCUGGAUAUGUGUAAUUGAUAUUAUUGUCACUUCCUUGAGCAUAUUGCAACUUUUGUUUCCUUUAAAAAGACGUGGCAAUUUGCAUUGGAUGUUUAUCAUUGUACCUGAAAAAUCAUGUGAGAUCAAGUGCAGCAUAAAUAGCCUAGUGCAGGCGUCACACUUUCGUAUUUCAUUUCA